GCACCUGGAAACAAAGUCCCAAUGAAAUUCUUGUGAAUCACGUGAUUUAAAGUGGGUGUCAUGCUGUUGGCUAUAUAUUUGGCCGAAGUGCAGAUGAGUUGGAGAAACAAACUCGACAGAAAAUAUCUUCUUAAGACCUUUCUAUAGGAGUCUUCACCAGUGUACACUCUGCAAAAACAUGGCUGAUAGCAAAGAGGUUGUUGAUGGCAACGUUUCCAGUCCAGAGUUCAUCCAGCAGCUUCUUCCGGCUGCGGAGCGAACGGCUCUUCUCUAUCAUCUCUCUUACUUGUGUCUGGGAGGCUUCCCAAAGCUGGAGCGUCUGCUGAGAGAACGAGCUCUGGAAACACAGCUGCUGUUUGGAUCCUCUGAGGCCGUGCUGCUGAAGUGUGUAGGAACCAGCAACAACCUGGUUAAAUCCCUGCUGCCCUAUCUGAAGGUGGCUGUGGAGAAGAACAAGCCACAGUUAGCACUGGAUUUGCUAGAAAAAGCCAAAGGAUGGAUCAGUGAUAUCAUAAAUGAUGUUAAAGAAAUUGUGACAAGGUACAAUAAACACAACAGUGAUGUAGCCAAAUCAACCAGUGACAUCAUCACUGAAAAAAAAGAGACGGAGAUGAAGCAGCAGCAACAAACCUGUGAGAUGGAGGCGCUUCAGAAGAUUAUGGAUGACCUGGAUGCAAACCUUCAGAAAACCAAUAAAGAGUUUGAAGAUUAUGAGAAGAAGAUUGAGCAAAAAAAUGAUGAGAUACAAAAAUUUAUCAACAGCAUUACUGGCACCAAAGACGAAAAGACACCCGCAGGGGAAAGUGGGGCGGGAUCAGGUCUUGCUUUAUUUUCAUCGCUCGUGCCAUUUGUGGACGGUAUUAUAGGUUUCAUUUCCAAGAUGGUGUUGUCUUCUUCACAAGAAUCAAUGAUCAAGACUCUUCAGACUGGUUUAUCUGAGCUCACCAGUGCACAGCAACGUCUGAAAGAAAGAGAAUGGGACAUCCAGAACCAACUGAUGGACAAACAGCUGCAGCUGGCCAAAUUAAAGAUCGAAAAUGGUCAGCUGCCCAACGUUACUCACCUCGACGAGGUCCAGAAGUGCCUGUCCCGGAUCCAGCAAAUUCUGGUUCAGCUCCAGAAGUUCUGGGAGAAAGUGGGUUCCCUGUUGGACACACUGAAGGAACAGACCUUCGCCGGAGAAGACUAUAUCAAGUAUCUCGCUGAUCUGAAGGAAAACUUCCUGGAGUCUAUUGAUGCAGCUAAAGAGGGAUGGAAAAAGUUUGGCAUCAGCUGCAUGAAGGCCAACACCAUCUUCAGCGUUGAGUCAAAUCAGGCCUACAAGUUCCUGGAGAUCAGUCCUUCAUCUCUGUCCAAGGAAGAUUGGCAGAAAGAGUACGAGAGUGUGAAGGAGAAACUAGAGAAGAUCAGACCAAACACUGCAAAUAAAGCCAUUACAAAUUAA